CAGUGGAAUGAUAUUGAUUACAUGAGAGAUCACCUGGACUGGACAUAUGACCCCAAGCAGUAUGGGGACCUCCCUGGGAUAGUACAAGACCUGCAUGCUCAUGGACAGCAUUAUGUUAUGAUUGUGGAUCCGGGUAUCAGCAAUCAGCAGCCAAAAGGAACCUAUCCUCCCUAUGAAGACGGCUUGGCGCAGCAGGUAUUCAUCAUGAACGAGAAGGGCAACGCACCUCUAGAAGGAGUGGUGUGGCCAGGAAAGACGGUGUACCCAGAUUUCACAAAUCCUGCCACCCAGGAUUACUGGUUCUACCAGGCAUCCUUAUUUCACCAGAGAGUGGCAUUUGAUGGACUUUGGACAGACAUGAAUGAACCAUCUGACUUUGUUGCUGGUUCCACCACAGGCUGUGAGGCCAACAAUCUCACUAAUCCCCCAUACAUCCCUAAGAUACUGGAUGGUAAAUUAGCAGCCAAAACCAUUUGUCCUGGAGCUCAGCAGAAUCUUUCCAUUCAUUACAACCUACACAGCAUGUAUGGGCAUUUUGAAGUCAUUGCUACUCAAAAAGCUCUUCAGAAGAUCAGGAAGAAGCGUAGCUUAGUGAUAACAAGGUCAUCUUUCCCUGGCACUGGUCACUUUGGCGGUCAUUGGUCAGGAGAUAACCAAGCACUUUGGUCACAUUUGUAUUAUUCUAUUCCAUUUAUCUUGAACUUCCAAAUGUUUGGCAUCUCCCAGGUUGGAUCUGAUAUAUGUGGUUUUAUUGGAGAAACUACAGAAGAGCUGUGCACCAGAUGGAUGCAAGUUGGAGCAUUUUAUCCUUUCAUGAGAAACCACAAUACUAUUGGAACAAAGGAUCAAGAUCCAGCAGUAUUUAGCUCAGGAGCCCAAGAUGCGAUGAGGGAGGCCCUGGUAAUCAGAUAUACUCUGUUGCCAUAUCUCAAUACUUUGUUCUACCAUAGUCACAUCGAGGGCACUGGAGUUGUGCAGCCACUCAUGUAUAUGUAUCCCAAAGACACCCAAACCUAUGCCAUAGACAAGCAGUUCAUGUGGGGUAGUGGCUUGAUGAUCAGCCCUGUCCUGGAUCAGGGACAGACAGAGGUAAGAGCUUAUUUCCCUGAUGACACUUGGUAUGACUACUAUACUGGUGAGCCUGUCCCUGGGGGACAUACCAUACUCCUCAGUGCUCCUCUGGAAAAGAUCAACCUCCAUGUAAGAGGUGCCACCAUCAUCCCAACACAGCCACCAGGCGGAGCCACCACCACAACUUAUGCACGAAUGCAGCCAUUUAGUUUAAUUGUGGCCCUGAUUGAGGUUGGGUAUGCAAAUGGGGACUUGUACUGGGAUGAUGGAGAAAGUUUAGAUGCUGUAGAAAAUGGAAAAUACACCUACAUAACAUUCCAAGGAUCCUUAAGACCUAAUCAGAUUAAGUCCACAGUGGUGAAGGCUGGCUAUGCACCUAGUGCUGGUAUGAAGCUGGGGUCAGUGAAGGUAAUGGGGGUACCUGCACCUCCUGGAGAUGUCACCAUUAAUGGAGUAAAAGCAAUGUUUAAAUACAAUGAAAAUGCUAAGAUGCUGGACAUCACAAACCUGAACUGGGACUUGAUGAAGCCAUUCACCAUAAUCUUCAAUUGAUAAUUGGUCCCAUAUUGCUCAUUAGUAACUAAUGAAAAAAUAGUGAAAUGUAGGAGUCAAAAGAAACUAAUGUGAUACUCAAUCAUAUGUUAUGUGAUCUGCGCUCUCUACUCUUUAUCAACAUGGCUCAGUUGAUAAAAGAUCUUUAAUCAUAACUUUAAUUAUGUAGGUUUUAGAAAAUUGUUAUGACAAUGACUGUUAUUGCUUUAUUUCUCAGACUUGAACUUGUUAAUGGUGCCAUUUUGUUAGUGCAAUUGAAAUAGGAGUAUGAUUAUAAUCACUUGAAAGUACGCAGUUGUCUCUAGGAAGAAUUUGUUAAUAAUAUAUCCCAAAGGAGUGGUCAGCCUACGUUGCUUCCGUUUAACAUAAGAUAAGAUGCAUAUGAAGUCAUUUUUUGCCACAAAAAACCAACCAAAUGCCAGCAUAUAGUUU